UCAGGGGGCCGUGUGAUAUUAUUAGAAUGCCAUCUGGGGAUAUGAAGCCUGUAAAAGUUCCUGUCUCAAAAAAUAUGUUGGAUUCGCAUAUUAGAGAAGAACUUUCUCGAAAAGGGGGAAGAAUGGUGACAGUUGCUAUAAAAGACGCUCAGUUUCCAGGAGUUGCAGGGUUGGCUUCUCAUCAAUAUACUGUGGCCAUUCGUCUUACACAAGACCAAAGUGCCUGUGGUGAAUCAUUUUUGCAUCAGCAAAGUGCUCGCACGAGUGGCAGUAUCUCUAAUUAUUCAUGUUCUGAGCUUGAAGUGGUCAAUUGGAGUGAAGUAUUUUUCUUUAAAGUUGAUUCACCGGAGUUUUAUAUGUUGGAGUUAAUAGUGACUAACAUGGGAAGAGGUGAUCCUGUUGGAUUCUUCUCAGCCCCUUUAAAUCAGAUAGCAGAGAGUUCUGAUCAGUAUGAUUAUGUUGAUGGCUUGACCUGGAUGGACUUAUCCCCAGCAGAAUCUAUGAGAAUGACUCAAGAAGACAAGUCUAAGAAGUGUGGAAAAAUCCGGUUUUCUGUACUCUUGUCACCCCAACCUGAAAUUGAAGAAAAUAAUAAAUCAUUUUUCCUUGGUGCUAGAAAAUCUGGACUUAUUCAAAUUAGUCCUACAAUGGAGGGUCCUUGGACCACAGUGAAGCUAAACUAUGCUACACCAGCUGCUUGCUGGCGCUUAGGCAAUGAUGUAAUUGCUAGUGAAGUAAGUGUGAAGGAUGGGAAUAGGUACAUGACCAUUCGGUCUCUAGUUGCAAUAUGUAACAACACAGAUUUUUUGUUGGAUUUGUGUCUUAUACCUAAAGCUGAUACCACAACGCAAGAUAUAUAUGUUGGAUUGUUAAAACCUGGAGACUCAGUCUCUCUCCCUCUAUCAGGCUUGACACAACAUGGAUUGUAUGUAUUAAAACUACGACCCGCGGGUCUUGAUGGCCCUGAAGAAUAUUCUUGGAGUUCUGUAGUUGCUAACUCUCGUGAACAGAAGAGUUGUGAUGAAAUAUGCGUAUCAACUCUCGCACGCUCUGAAGAUUUGUUAUGCUGCACUCAGAUGAAUGGCUCCUCUUCUAGAGUUCCACAUCUAUUGUGGUUUUGUGUAAGCACACAAGCCGUGGAGAUUGCAAAAGACAUUCAUUCUGAACCUAUUCAAGAUUGGACAAUCUUGCUUAAAUCUCCAUUGUCAAUCACCAAUAAUCUUCCCCUUGAAUCUGAAUACUCUGUUCUUGAGAGGCAAGCCACUGGUCAUUUUUUAGUCUGCAAUAGAGGAAUAUUUGGUCCAGGCAAAACCGUAAAUGUCUACAAUGCUGACAUAAGGAAUCAGCUAUUCUUUUCCCUGCUUCCACAAAGAGGGUGGCUACCAAUACAUGAAGCAGUUAUUAUAUCUCAUCCCCAGGGAAUUCAAUCAAAGACAAUAGAAUUUAGAAGUUCAGCUACGGGAAGGAUUGUUCAAGUAAUUCUUGAGCAAAACUAUGACAAGGACCGACCUUUACUGGCAAAGAUUAUUAGAAUUUAUGCUCCAUACUGGUUUGCUAUUGCUAGAUGUCCCCCACUUACACUUAAGCUUCUAGAUCUGACUGUGACAAAGCAGACACGGAAGAUUGGUUUCCCCUUUCAGUAUAAAAAGAAUAAGGAAAUAUUGCUUGAGGAGAUAACUGAAGAGGAAAUAUAUGAAGGCCAUACAAUUGCUUCAGCUUUGAACUUCAAAUUUUUGGGCCUCUCAGUGUCAAUUGCUCAUUCUGGUGAUGGGCAAUAUGGACCUGUUAAAGACCUUUCUCCUCUUGGCGACAUGGAUGGAUCACUGGAUCUCUAUGCUUAUGCUGCUGAUGGAAAAUGCAUGCGGCUUUUCAUAUCUACAAAACCUUGUCCCUACCAGUCUGUACCUACCAAGGUAAUUUCUGUUCGGCCAUUUUUCACUUUCACAAACAGACUUGGUGAAGAUAUAUAUAUCAAAUUGAGCAGUGACGAUGAACCAAAGAAGCUCCAUACAGUUGAUUCAAGAGUAUCCUUUCUGUAUCAUGAAUCUGGUGGAAGAGAAGAACUCCAGGUCUGCCUAGAAGAUACAGAAUGGUCAUUUCCAGUUCAAAUUGUAAAAGAGGACACAAUCACUUUGGUUCUGAGGAGGCAUAAUGGUACGCGGAGAUUUCUGAGGACAGAAAUACGGGGAUUUGAAGAAGGUUCACGUUUCAUAGUUGUAUUUCGCCUUGGAUCAACCAAUGGUCCUAUCAGGAUUGAGAACAGAACAACUGAUAAGACCAUUGGUAUUCGCCAAUCUGGGUUUGGUGACAAAUCCUGGAUUCAGUUGGAAUCUCUUUCAACAACAAAUUUUUCUUGGGAAGAUCCAUAUGGUCAAAAAGUUAUUGAUGCUAAGAUUGAUAGUGGCUUUAGUUCUCGAAUUUGCAAAAUUGACAUGGAAAGCAUUGGAUUAUCUUCUGAGGUGCAAAGGGAACUAGGGAUGCAGUUCCAUGUUGUAGAAACUGGUGACAUCAAGGUUCUUAAGUUCACAAAUGAUUGCAUACCAGCAAGUUCAGGGGAAGGAAAUAGCUCCGUUGUAGCUUCUGGAAACCUGGGAAAUUCUCAACUCCAAAGUGUAACAGAGAGUGAUAUUACAACUUUAGAGCUUAUAGUUGAAUUGGGAGUUGUUGGAAUUUCUGUUAUUGAUCACAGACCUAAAGAACUCUCUUACUUGUACCUGGAAAAAGUGUUUGUAUCAUACUCAACUGGGUACGAUUGUGGAACAACGAGCAGGUUCAAGCUCAUACUGGGUGGUCUGCAGAUUGACAACAUGCUUCCUUUAAGUUUAAUGCCAGUGCUCUUGGCACCUGAACAGAUGGGUGAUGUGCAUCAUCCAGUUUUCAAGAUGACAAUUACAAUGCACAAUGAGGACACAGACGGCAUUAAAGUCUUCCCUUACGUAUACUUAAGGGUGACUGAGAAACCUUGGAGACUGAACAUUCACGAACCUAUCAUUUGGGCUUUUGUGGAUUUGUACAACAAUCUUCAGUUAGAUCGCAUCCCUAAAAGUUCUAAUGUCGGUCAAGUUGAUCCAGAGAUACGCAUUGACCUCGUAGAUGUUUCCGAAGUACGGUUGAAGGUGUCUUUGGAGACAGCACCAGCUGAAAGACCUCAUGGAAUUCUAGGCGUAUGGAGUCCUAUAUUAUCUGCUGUUGGAAAUGCAUUGAAGAUCCAGGUCCACUUGAGGAGGGUGAUGCACAGAGACAGAUUCAUGCGGCAGAGCUCUAUUAUUCCAGCCAUUAGUAACCGUAUUUGGAGAGACCUGAUCCACAAUCCUUUACAUUUGAUUUUUUCACUAGAUGUUCUUGGUAUGACUAGUUCAACAUUGGCUUCUCUUAGCAAAGGAUUUGCCGAGCUUUCAACUGAUGGUCAGUUCCUGCAGUUACGUUCAAAACAGGUAUGGUCAAGGAGAAUCACUGGGGUAAGUGAUGGGAUCAUUCAAGGUACAGAAGCCCUAGCACAAGGUGUUGCUUUCGGAGUAUCAGGAGUGGUGACGAAACCGGUGGAGAGUGCCAGACAGAAUGGUCUGCUGGGACUUGCACAUGGGCUCGGGCGUGCAUUUCUAGGAUUUAUUGUACAGCCAGUGAGUGGGGCUUUGGAUUUCUUCUCAUUGACUGUUGAUGGAAUUGGUGCAAGUUGUUCCAAAUGCUUGGAGGUUUUGAAUAAUCGAACCGCCCUGGAGAGGAUCAGAAACCCUCGAGCUAUCCAUGGAGAUGGUGUACUUAGGGAGUAUUGUGAGAAAGAAGCUGUUGGUCAGAUGAUACUUUAUCUUGCAGAGGCAAGCCGUCAUUUCGGUUGUACCGAAAUAUUCAAGGAACCUGCAAAAUUUGCUUGGUCUGAUCUUUAUGAAGAGCAUUUUGUUGUUCCCUAUCAGCGAAUUGUUUUAGUAACCAAUAAAAGAGUGAUGCUAUUACAGUGUCCACAUCUAGACAAGAUGGAUAAAAAGCCCUCCAAGAUAAUGUGGGAUGUGCCAUGGGAGGAGCUCAUGGCUCUGGAAUUGGCAAAAGCAGGCUGCCUUAUGCCUUCUCACUUGAUGCUGCAUCUAAAGAAUUUUAGGAGGUCAGAAAAUUUUGUACGCAUUAUUAAAUGUAGUGUUGAAGAAAUAGAGGGAAGAGAACACCAAGCUGUUAGGAUCUGUUCAGUCGUACGUAAAAUGUGGAAGGCAUACCAGUCUGACAUCAAAUGCCUGACUCUGAAGGUCCCUUCAAGCCAAAGAUUUGUGUAUUUUUCUUGGAAUGUAACUGAUGGGAAUGAAACCCAUACCUCAAGUAAAGCAAUAAUUAAUUCAAGAGACCUCUCUUCAUCCAGUUCCAUGUCAAAUGAAAGAAAAUUUGUUAAACAUACUAUCAACUUCUCAAAGAUAUGGAGUAGUGAACGGGAAUCCAGAGGUCGAUGCACAUUGUGUAGAAAACAGGUCUCAGAAGAUGAAGGUAUAUGUAGCAUUUGGAGACCUAUUUGUCCAGAUGGUUACAUCUCCGUUGGCGAUAUAGCUCAUGUUGGCAGCCAUCCUCCGAAUGUUGCUGCUAUUUAUCGUAACAGUGAUAGACGGUUUGCACUUCCAGUGGGUUAUGAUCUGGUAUGGAGGAACUGUUCGGAUGAUUAUAUAACUCCAGUGUCAAUUUGGCAUCCACGGGCUCCUGAGGGAUUUGUCUCUACUGGAUGUAUUGUUGUUGCCGGUUUCACAGAGCCAGAGAUUGAUACAGUACAUUGCGUGGUGCAAUCGCUUGCAGAGGAAACUGUAUUUGAAGAGCAAAAGGUUUGGUCUGCACCAGAUUCAUACCCAUGGGCUUGUCAUAUUUACCAAGUCCGAAGCGAUGCUCUUCACUUUGUUGCAUUGAGACAGACUAAUGAAGAAUCUGACUGGAAGCCAAUGAGGGUUAUUGAUGAUCCCCAAACCUUGAUUGAGGUCAACUGAAGCUUCUUGAACAAUUUAAAUGGCCCUUCUUAAGCAAUGGACAACUUGAGAUGUGCCUGUACCAUCUAAUCCUUCCUCAAAAUCUGUCUAGCAGCAAUAGUUUUCUGCACUAGAGGAAACACUAUCAAAAUGCACAAUCUUAGUGCUGUACAAAUUGUAUCUAUAAUCUCUUGAGAUGUUUCCAAUUUACUUAGUACACGUUUUUUAUGUAUAAAAAUAAAAAUUAAUUUUUGAAUUAAAAGAAUAAGGUAUUUGGGCAUAUUUGGAAGCA